AAAAAAACAUCACACGAUAUUGAAAAGUUGAGAUCAGAGCUGGAGGAAGUUGAAUUUCUGCUUCUUAGCAUUCAAGGUUACUGCGAGAGAUAUAGAAAGCAACACCCGUUGACGAUUGCUCCUGCAAGUGCUACGUUCAGCCAUAUCCGCUUGACGCUUCAGAAAUUAAAGCUGGAAUAUGAGUCUAUUGAAGAGAUUGUUGCUUCCAACUUUAUGGGACCUGAUAUCAGCAAAAGGCAGCGAAUUCGAUUGUUCUACGAUAGGGUACAACUGGCUUUUGGUGGGCAGCUGGCAGCCUCCUUUAAAUCACUGGAAAACUACAAGUCGCAGCUGAGCAUCAAUCUCCAGGUUCUCACAGGGUUCAAUGAUCUUGCUGUGCAUGACACGAUGGACCACGUGAGCCGAGCUCUGUCAUCCAUCUACAGUGUUCAAGAUACUCCAAGCGAAAUUACCCGGAAAACGGAGAGCUCCUUCAGACCAGUUAAGAGACUGUCAAAUCACAUCAACAAGCUGUACGUCAGGAAAUCAAUUAAAUCCACCAUUUUCGCUGAUGCAGGAGGAAGCUCUGUGUCCAACUGGAUCGAAUUUAACCUUGAGAGUGCGACCUUGCCUUUGAUGCUUCUGAGACCAAAUAUUAACGAAGCACUGAGACUCUUGACGAUAAAACAGAUAAUCCAAGCGAGUCUCCCUGUCAAGGACGUCAUUUGGAUUCGAGACGAGCUGGACGACUUACUUGCAGCUUGCCACACAACGGCUGCCGCUACACUGAAGAAGCCAACGGAUUCUAUCAAUUGUAAAUUCCCAUAUAUGAAGCGGUCCGGUGACAAAAUGACGCGCUUGCCUUCCCAAAACACCAGCCACCUUUCUAAUCCAUCAAGAAUGAGGGAAUCUAUUGAAAAUAGGUUUCUAUCUCAGGAAUCAGUCGCUGGUAAUGUUUCAGUUCGAAUAACGCUUCUCCGCAGCCUGAAUAACAAGUACACUAAAAUAUCUGACGUCCUUUUCCUUAUUACUCCUGAGAGGAAGGUUCAUACAGAUGGCCUUCUAAUCUCACUGUCUCGCCUCGACGCGUUGCAUACACCUAAUAUUCACCGCUCCAUCUCUACAUAUCCAGUGGUAGACAUCAAAUCACCAGUCUUCGAGUGUGUCAGGUCCAAUAAUAUUCAACAUUUGCGGGAGCUCCUUGGGAAUGAACAAGCAUCCCCAAAUGCUCGAAAUCUCAAAAACGAGAGUCUGUUGUCGGUCGCAGCUAGGCAAUUAAACUUUGAUAUAUGCGAGCUUUUGAUCAACGAAGGAGCGGAUCCCAACAAUUGUCGCUUUGAUGGCGCAACUGCAAUUUAUGACGUGCGAAAUGCCUUUUGGUACCGACGAACCGAUUACGAUGUCCCGAGGUCUACGCUGAAUAAAAUCCUGCGUCUAUUCAUUAGAUCGGGCUGCGAUAUAAAUUCGGCUGCACUUGGUGGAAAUCCCCUUCACUUCACCAUUAGCCAGGCCUUGCCUGGAUCGAAAGUUAUACCCGCUACUGAGGUGUCCUUUUUACUCAACAUGUUUAUUUGUUUAGGUUGCGACACUGAACAUCGCAACGGUGAUGGUUUCACUCCACUGCUUUUCAACGUCUGCAAUCCUGGACAGCAAAGUCUUGUGAUAGUAAAAGAACUUCUAGAUUUAGGAGCAGACUUCAGAGCAAAGACAAACUUUGGUGAGAACGCUUUGCACCUCGCCAUCGCAUAUUCUAUCCCAGGCUCGGUUCAUGGCGAAAGGGGGUUUCACACAUUGAAAGAACGUCUCCUGCUUUUGCUUAAUGCUGGAUGCGAUCCAUACGACAAAGAUCAACAUGGCUGGAGUGUUUCCGAUUUUGCAAUGAGCAGUCCAAUUACUUGGUUUCAAUGGUGCCUGGCCAUCCAAAAAGUUCAGGGUUUGGGUAUCGAGCGUCUCAUCUACGAUGAAAUAAGCAUUGAUAAGUUUGAUACCGUCAUCAAAGAGUCAGAAGAACAGAAAAAUCAAAGAUUGGAUGUUGAAGGCACUGGAUCUGAAUGGGAAUCGUGUGGUGACAACAAAGAAGACAAAGUUUUGUCUUUCAGUCACUCAUCGAAUUAUUGCUUGGCUUCAAAUCACACCUUCCUCUCCUGGGGAGGGGCUUUCCCCUGGAGUAUUCCUCCAAUUUGCUAUGAGUGUGGCCUGCUAUUCGACUUGAAUGACCUCAACCGAAGAAAGCAACAAGCGUUGCGUGUUUUUCAAAGUCUCGAAGCCCAUGUAUUAGUUCCUUAA